CCUCCGUUUCCCCCCAACCAAGGGCCUCAGGCGCCCCUGAGAGAUGCAAGUUGGUGAUCCAGGCUCUGUAAGCCGGGGCUCCCACUGCGGCUUCCCCGGGACCCCCUCGGAUUUCUGCCUCUUACUGGCCACUCUGGGGAAGGGUGGGCCUUGGGUGCUCUCCGAGAGCCAGUAUGCCUUCCGCUAGAGGCACUGUUUGCAAAGUGACUCCGACACAGAAGUUGCACCGUUUAUCACCGCACUUGCUAAUGUGACAGUGUUGCCGGUCUCCUAGCAUUUGUUAGGAUGCAUGCCAUGUUUACAGCGAAGGUACUCCCUCCAGCCUGUGCCAGAGAAAAACAUUCCAAACCGAUACUUAGGCCAACCCAGCCCCUUUACACAUCCACACCUCCUCAGACCAGGGGAAGUGACACCAGGAUUAUCUCAGGUGGAAUAUGCACUUCGAAGACACAAGCUCAUGGAUCUGAUCCACAAGGAAACACAAGGACACACUGGAACAGAUCACACGGUGGUUGUGCUCUCCAACCCUACGUACUAUAUGACCAAUGAUAUCCCCUACCCUUUCCAUCAGGACAACAAUUUCCUGUACUUGUGUGGAUUCCAAGAGCCUGACAGCAUUCUGGUGCUUCAGAGCCUCUCUGGGAAGCAGUUACCUUCUCAUAAAGCCAUGCUUUUUGUGCCCCGGAGAGACCCUGCUAGAGAACUGUGGGAUGGCCCUCGAUCUGGCACAGACGGAGCAGUAGCUCUUACUGGAGUGGAUGAAGCCUACACACUCGAAGAAUUUCAGCACCUUGUACCCAAACUGAAAGCUGAGACGAACAUGGUUUGGUAUGACUGGAUGAAGCCUCCCCAUGCCCAGCUUCACUCCAACUACAUGCAGCAUCUGACUGAGGCCAAAGCCAGGAGCAAGAACAAGGUUCGGGCUGUCCAACAGCUGAUACAGCGUCUCCGACUGGUCAAAUCUCCUGCAGAAAUUAAGAGAAUGCAGAUUGCUGGGAAGCUGACAUCAGAGGCUUUCAUAGAGACCAUGUGUGCUAGUAAAGCCCCUGUGGACGAAGCCUUUCUUUAUGCAAAGUUUGAAUUCGAGUGCCGAGCCCGAGGUGCGGACAUCUUAGCCUACCCACCUGUGGUUGCUGGAGGCAGUCGGUCAAACACUUUGCACUAUGUGAAGAAUAAUCAGCUCAUCAAGGAUGGUGAGAUGGUGCUUCUAGAUGGAGGCUGCGAGUCUUCCUGCUAUGUGAGUGACAUCACCCGCACCUGGCCUGUCAAUGGCAGAUUCACUUCACCUCAGGCAGAACUCUAUGAAGCUGUUCUGGAGAUCCAGAGAGCAUGUUUGACACUCUGCUCCCCUGGGACAAGCUUGGAGAACAUCUACAGCAUGAUGCUGACACUGAUGGGCCAGAAGCUUAAGGAGCUGGGGAUCAUGAAGACCAGCAAGGAAAACGCCUUCAAGGCUGCUCGGAAAUACUGCCCUCACCAUGUUGGCCAUUACCUUGGGAUGGAUGUCCAUGACACCCCAGACAUGCCUCGUUCCCUCCCUCUGCAACCUGGCAUGGUGAUCACAAUUGAGCCUGGCAUUUAUAUUCCAGAGGAUGACAGAGAUGCUCCAGAGAAGUUUCGGGGUCUCGGAGUACGAAUUGAGGAUGACGUAGUGGUGACUCAGGACUCACCUCUUGUCCUUUCUGCAGAUUGUCCCAAAGAAAUGAAUGACAUUGAACAGAUCUACAGUAGGACCUCCUGACCCCAGUGUAACUCACUUGCAACCUAAGUUUGGGACUGGCAUCCCUGCGUGUGUGCAGUCAGAGUCCACUGAUUAGACACAAGUUCCAUUGGGAGUGGAGCAGCUGGAUGAGUGUGUCAUUGCAUGCAAGGACCUGUGCACUUUAAGUAGAUGUAGCACUGGAAAAGUGAACUUUGGAACAGUCUGUUGCUAUAGCUUCAGUGACAUUAACUCUGAAAAAUUAAUGAUAGGGAAAUUUGAAUAUGUAAAUGUAAAGUAAGAUAUUGGUUAUGUGUGCCCAUGCAUUCCAGUCCACAAGUUUCAACAGAAAAUUCUUUUCUCAGUUCUUCCCUUUCUGCAGUUCGACUGCAAUCCACUUAAUAUCAUAAGAUACUGUGUGAGGCCCAUAUUUUGAGCUCAUCACCAAAGUCUCUGCCUGUGCUAAAAGCCACCUGUUAGUGAUUCUAGUACGUACCAGCUAUGACGUAUGCCUCCAUAGUCCAGGUUUGCAUAUCUCCUGGUGUCCUGUAGUCUUUCCAUUCAGCCACAGUCUAGAUUCCAGCAACUCUAGCCAUCCAAUGAAACAGACUGAGCCUUUUUUGCCAUUUGGUUGCCCAGGAUCUGAAGAGUGUUUAGAAGAUGAAAGAAAAGUUAUUUUGUGUGUGUGUGUCUGUGCGUCUAUGCGUGUCCCCAGUAGAUCCAGACUUUGACCCUUUGUUAUCUUCAUUUUCUCCAGUAUCCGCCUUCCUCUGUGAGUUUUUCUUCUGAGACAAAACUUCACUAUGCUGCCCAGGUCGCUUAUAGGUUGCUUUCUUUUGUUUUUUGACAGGGUCUUAGGUAGCCAAGGCUGACCUCAUACUAACUGUGUAGUCGAUGCUGGCCUUCCUGCCUCUACCUCCCUAAUGUUAGGGUUACAGUGUGCCCUCUGGCCUGGCUGUCCUUCGUAGAUUUGAAUGCACCAUCUUCAUAGCUACUUUGUAGCUCUGUGUUGGCCAAGGGUCUGUCUUCCGUUUCCCUUGUUAAAGCCAGAGUAAUGGCACUCGGGCUGCAUGGUGACACACACUUGUAAUCCCAGCCCUCUCAAGUCAGAGGCAGGAAGAUUGUCACAAGUUCCAGGCCAGCCGCAGCUACAUAGUAGGAACUCGUCUAAAAAUAUAAACAAAUGAUAACACAUAAUAGCACUCAUUUUUCUGAGAAAUACCUCUUAUUCAAUUAUUUCUUCUAAUGCUGAUAAAAAAUCAAAGUAUAGAAUCAUUCGGUACUGUGAACAUCCUGUGGCCCAUAGCUCUGGCUAAUGCUAAGGCAAGAAUGGCAGUGGCAGAGUCGGGUUUCCCUAAACACAGAAUCACAUUCAACUGUAGAGCUCAGUGUGCAUGGUGAACAGGGCUAGAUUAUUGCACAUGGCUUGUUCAAAAGCAGCUGUGAUGGAGGGAAGCCCUAAGAGCCAGUGUGUUCAAUUUUUAAACCUGAAUAUGUGUGGGCCCACAAUACACAAAGCAUGCUGUUUAUUACAGCAUAAAUCCAGGGUCUGGCUAGGGUCCCCCUCUGCCAUAUUUGUGUUAUUGAAGCACAUGCUAGAUUAGCAGUCUCUGCAGUGCAGGAAGUU